AGUACUCUGUGUUUAAUGCUGGACAGCCAGUUCCCUCCUACUGAGGCCCUAACCCAUGUGCAUGUACCCCUGGUGUUUGUGUUGUCCUGGCGAGUCGUUGACACACUGACCCCGGCCUGCCCCCCUCCCCCAGGUGUGACCAGCCCUGAUCGUAUGUCUCGCAGUUCCAGCGGCUUUAUCAGCCACAACGGCACUGACCAUGCCGAGACUAACGGUCUCCCAUCCGAAGAAGUAGUUGCCAUGCAGCAGCAGCUGACUGAUGCCAACUCCAGGUACCACUCCCUUGGGGAUGAGCUAGAGAACAGGAAAGCUGACCUACAGGACACCUGUGGUUUGGCUGAGAAGUUCCAGAGGGAGGGGGAGGAGUUGGCAGAAUGGCUGGCAGAUGCCAAGGCCAAGGCCGAGUCAUGGGUUCCCACGGCAACUGACCCUAAGACUGUCCAGCAACAGAUACAGCAGCAAAAGGCCCUUCAGGAGGGUCUGUCUCACCACGCCACCCUGAGACAGAGUCUGAAGGACACGGCACAGGCACUGCUGGAGGAGAAACCUGACGCAGAGGGCACCGACAAGGUCAUGGACAAACUCAGCGCCAUAGAUGACCAGUGGAAGCAGCUGGAGCAGGACAUGGCCAGCAAACAGCAGCAGCUGGAAGCAGCCAGCGGAAACCUGCAGGAUUUCACAGCAGCACAGCAGCAGCUGUCCUGCUGGCUGGCUGACAAGGAGAAGAUGGUGGCUGUGCUGGGCCCGCUGGCCAUCGAUGCAGCCAUGCUGAAGAACCAACAGCAGCAAGUGGAGGUCAUCCUAAGUGAGUUUGAGAGCCACAAGCCUCAACUAGACCAGCUCAACCAAUCAGGACAAGCAAUCCUUGAUUCCAUGGAUGCAGAUGCUGCCAAAGCUUCCCCUAUUGGCCAACAGAUGGCAGCUGUAAAUCAAAAAGGGGGAGGAGCUAACCGGGCAACUGAAGGGCAGAGAGGGCAAAAUUGCUGGUUCCAUGGAAGAGGGUCAGAAGUUCAGUGAUGCCACUAAGGAGCUCUCUGAUUGGCUGCCUGAAGUGACUGACAAGCUGAAUGGCCAAUUGCCUGUCAGCUCACAGCCUGAUGUGGUAAAGGAACAAAUGGAGGAAGCCAAGAUGUUGCAGGAGGAACUGUCCAACGUGCAGCCCAAACUUGAGGAGGCUCAGAAGUCCUGUGAGAAGCUUCAGGCUCUGAAUGAUGAUCCUAUGAUGCAGGCUGAGCUGGGAAGGAGACUGGAUGCUGUCAAGGGUCCUUUCAACAGAGUGGCUGGCAAAAUUGCUGACAGACAACAGAAGCUAGAGGCAGCAUUGCUGUCCUCUCAAGAGUUCCAGCAGUCCUUUGACGACCUUUUGAACUGGGUCAAGGACAAGGAACAGCAGCUGGACAGCCAGGAAUCUGUGUCUGCUGACAUGGACAAACUGGAACAGCAGUGGACAGACA